AUGGGGCCGUUAUAUUGAUUUUAUUUAAUACUUAUGUUUUGGUUAAGAUGAUUUUCUAUUUCAGUUAGACUUUUUUACUGAUUUAAUCCAAGGGUUUUAAUAAUACACAAUUCUUCUUCUUUUUUUUUUUUUUUUUUUUACUAUGGUAUCAAUGAUUUAUUUACUACUAACAUAAAUACUACAGUUAUUUUGGUUAACUCAAAAUUUUUUUAUUUCUAUGAUUUUUAG